UAUAGCAACGGUCCAGGCACUGCACAAGACAUUGGAGUCAACCGCCACGGGCAAUAAUCACGCAUCGCCCCGGCCUGAGCGGAAUAGAGGCUCCACUUGCAUCUCAGAGAUGUCGGCGAGUGAAUUUUCUUGUUGGGCUGGCGCCCGCAUCUACAAGAUGACAGAACCACAAUAUCGACCGACGAGUGAGGAGUGCCGAUCAAGGUCAAUUUGCUUACUCUGGCUUACACUCAGCCUCCCUCAGGUUGUAAUGUACUCCGCAGAGAUUGAACACGAAGCUGACGCAGGUGGGCUGACAAAAGCAAACAAGAAAGGAGAAUGGGGGCUAAAUCGCCCCCACAGUACUGCGCGAGGAAGGGAUCCACGGCUGACUAGAAUGAUCUACAAUCUGAUUUCUCGACGUGUCUGGGGAAAAGCUUGGAGCUGACGUACAGACGUGCAGAUCACAAGGCGCAAAGCUCCAAUAAGGAUGCGCAUCACCAUCAGCCCUAAUGCAAGGGCAGGCCACACUGUUUUGGCCGAAAGUAGCGCUUACUAUUAUUCAGGGUGAGCUCACUGAAGCUGGUUUCCUUCUGGCCAUUACAAGUAGCCUGUGGCAAUGGAGGACUUCAC